AUGGCGAGGGUACACUCUUCGCCGUCGUUUCCUUCUUCUUCGUCGCCGGCGGCGGCGGCGUGCGCGGGCGAGAGAAGCGGGAAGGUGUUCACGCUGUGGCUCAAGUCGCUGGUGCUCAACGGGCGGGGGUGCACCGUGUACGACUCCGACGGCCACAUCGUCUACCGCGUCGACAACUACGGCUCCAAGUGCAGCGACAACGUCUGCCUCAUGGACCUCCGCGGCAACGUCGUCGUCAACAUACACAAGAAGAAGCUCGCGUUUGGCAAGUGGGAAGGGUACAAGUGGACCGGCCGGAAGCAAGAGGCGAGCGCGUGGUUCAAGGUGGCGCGGCCGCGCAGCGGCAUCUUCCACCGGAGCGGCGGCCGCCCGUCGUCGUCGCCGUGCGAGUUCGAGAGCGACGCCGGCUGCGCCAUGCGGUACAGGAUCGACGACGACGGCGGGGCGCGCGCCGGGAAGCGGGCGUGCUGCAGGAUCGUGGACGCCGGCACGGGGCUGGUGGUGGCGGAGGUGAAGAGGAAGGUGACGGCGGGCGGGGUGGCUCUCGGGGAGGACGUGCUCGCCCUGGUGGUGGAGCCCGGCGUCGACGACUCGCUCAUCAUGGGGCUCGUGCUCGUCUACGGGCUCAUGAAUCGCACCAUGUGA